AUGAAAAAUUCUAUAUUGAGGGCCAGUCUGGAAGGCGCUAUGAAGGAUAAUCCAAACCUGGAGUCAGAUUUCAAUUUAUUGAUCUCUUCGUGUACUGAUGUGAUCAGCGCUGAAGUGCCAAAUAAUUUGCGGGAAAUCGCAAAGUCUAUCAAAAAUAAGGAAUCCUUUAGACAAUUGUCUGAUGAGGAGGCGCUUCAAGUGUUAAUUAAAGGAACCGAUGAAUCCUCCGCUAAAUUCAAGCAAUUUCUUGAACGCCACGGACAUAGAGGUUAUCGGGAGGCGGAUGCCAUGUAUAAGCCAUGGAAGGGAAACCCUAUGCCUUGUAUUAAAACAAUUAAAACAAUGUUAUCUGGAAGUGGAGAACAAUUAGAGCCAAAAGUUGAGAAAUCUGUGGACCAAGUGUUGGAUGAACUGAAGACUUCAUUGACUCCAAUGAGGAAAUUCCUCAUCAAAAACAUAUUCCUUCCGUACACUAGACGUGGUGUCGGAUACAGAGAACUCUCCAAAUAUUUCGUGAUUUGGAUGAAUAACCACUUAAAAGAUGGCUUUUGGUAUUUGGCUCAACAGAUGGCUAACGAAGGGCUCAUUCCUUCUGUCGAUUCAUUCUUCUACUUAACCGCCGAUGAAGUGGAAGCGCUUUGUAAUGGAGACAGAAAUCCAUUAAUUCUUGCGAGAGUUAGACACCGGAAAAGGCUUUACCCAAAAAUGGAUAAAUACAAGUUUGAUGAAUUUAUUAAAGGACCAGAAAUGAAACCUAGAAAUUUUGAAGACCGUAUUAUUCCUCCAAAUCUGGGCACAGGUAUGGUUCAGAUGAAGGGAACUCCAGUAAGUAAUGGAUCCAUAAAAGCAAGGGUUUGUGUCUCUGAAGACAUCACUGAAACCGACAGUAUCCAGCCGGGUGAUAUACUGAUCACAUACUCGACAGACAUCGGUUGGAGUCCAUACUUCCCUCUACUGUCGGGUAUUAUCACAGAAAUCGGUGGAACCAUAUCUCACGGGGCAGUCAUUGCCAGAGAAUACGGAAUUCCGUGUCUAAUAGCAGUGGAGGGCGCCUGUAGUGCCUUCAAAACCGGAGAUAUUUGUGUUUUGGAUACUCAGAGCUCGACCAUCACUAAAGUCCAAGAAUACGGAAUUCCGUGUCUGAUAGCAGUUGAGGGCGCGUGUCAUGCCUUCAAAACCGGAGAUAUUUGUGUUUUGGAUACUCAGAGCUCGACCAUCACUAAAGUCCAGUGA